GAAAUGGUUCGACCCUCUCUCGUCGUGCAUAUGGCCAAGCGAGUGCCCCUCAUCCACUUCCGCAAGGGCGGCGGUGGAGCGGCGCCUGGCGCCCAGUCCGCAAACCAGCAGUUGGCUGGCGGUCCCGCCAUCGAGGAUUACGAAUUGCCGGUCCGCUUUGCACGCAAGCCCAUCGACCCGGAGCAGGCGGAGUACAUCAACAACGGUGGACCGCCGAAAUAAGCAACUAGUGUCCCCCGCUUGUAUAAUAAAAUUGUGUUGAAACUCA